AUGACAUCAAAGGCCGCGAAGAUGACCUCGCCAGAGAACGCAGACGGCAGCGGUCCCUCCGAGCUCCGACAGCGGGAAAAGAACAUCGAGAAAGCCAUCAACCGAGUUUACAAAGCAUCAAGAAACCUCAUCCUCGGCCUGCACGCCAUGUUCACCCUCCUCGGACUGCUGGGCAUCGACAUCGACAUCGAGUCCCUCCCGGCCGACGACGAGACCGCGAGCGCCGCCUGGAGGGAGAACCGCGAGGAGUUCAGGAUCACGCUGAUCCAAGUCUACGAAGCCUCGGAUAGAGUCCUCGACAUGGCGCUCCGCACCGAGAAGCACAUGGCCGCCGCCCAGCACGAGAACAUGAUGCGCGACGUGCUCUUUGUGCGCCGGCUCAUCAUGGACGUCUUGCCCCAGGAGCUGUACGAUCACGUCGUCGGCAAGGGCAAGGAGGUGAGGGGGAAGGGCUUUAAGAAAGCGUGA